UCUCGUUCCCUCUGUUUCGCAACGCCGGCCAGAAAAGUGUCUGUUCUACCAAAUAAAGUCAAAUUGUCAUCUCAAAACAAUCAUCAAAGUUGAAAUUUUUCUCUGUUUCAACAGCUUCUGUUCAUGUGAUCAGUCCACUGGAGAACCCGGUACACGGAAGUUUCUUGCUUGAGAUCGCACAAGUGUGGAGUUUCAGAAAUUUUAUGUUAAAAGACAUGAAGAGCGAAGAGCAAGCUCGGUCCUUGUUCGGAAUUUCUCUGUCAGGGAGACCGAAGUGGCAACAAUUCAUCAUUUGCUCAUCUGGGUUCUUCUUUGGUUACCUCGUCAAUGGCAUAUGCGAGGAAUACGUGUACAACAGGCUUCAAUUCAGCUAUGGUUGGUACUUCACAUUUGUUCAAGGAUUUGUGUAUCUGUUUCUUAUUUACCUCCAAGGCUUCAGCACCAAGCAAAUGGUGAAUCCAUGGAAGACUUAUGUGAAACUCUCCGCAGUGCUUAUGGGUUCCCAUGGGCUCACAAAGGGGUCGUUGGCUUUUCUCAAUUACCCCGCACAGCUCAUGUUCAAAUCAACAAAGGUUCUGCCAGUGAUGAUAAUGGGCGCCUUCAUACCGGGACUGAGGCGGAAGUACCCGGCUCAUGAAUACGUGUCCGCAAUUCUCUUAGUGGUGGGUCUGAUCCUUUUUACCUUGGCCGAUGCUCAGACAUCCCCGAAUUUCAGUGUAAUCGGUGUGGGGAUGGUGUCGGGUGCUCUAGUUAUGGACUCCUUCCUGGGUAAUUUGCAAGAAGCCAUCUUUACCAUGAACCCUGAAACCACACAGAUGGAGAUGUUGUUCUGUUCAACUGUGAUGGGCUUGCCUUUCUUGAUCCCACCCAUGCUCUUGACUGGAGAAUUGUUUAAAGCAUGGAAUUCAUGCUCCAAGCAUAUGUAUGUAUAUGGUGUAUUGGUGUUCGAAGCAAUGGCCACAUUCAUCGGCCAAGUAUCGGUCCUCUCUCUCAUUGCCAUAUUUGGAGCUGCAACCACAGCCAUGAUAACUACAGCAAGAAAGGCAGUGACAUUGUUGCUGUCAUACUUGAUAUUCACAAAGCCAUUGACCGAGCAGCACAGUACGGGCCUCUUGCUCAUAGCCAUGGGAAUCAUACUGAAGCUCUUGCCUGACUCCAAUCCUCCCAAGAGGGCCUUAAAACCAUCACUAUCCACUGAUGCCAAGAUGGGGAAAUUAACUCAUCAUCGUGAUGAAAAAGCCCAAUUACAGAGCCAAGAAGAGGAAGAAAAGAGGCCAUUGGUUUGAGAAGAUUUGCUGCCGAUGGGCAUCACAAGCUUGAACACCAGCAACCAUUGUCAACGCCUUGUUCAAUGGCUUAAAAAUGCUUUCUUUAAUUUUUCCCCCCUUUUCUUGACCAUCUUGCGUGGGCAUUAGCAAAGCUGCCAAUUUGAAUUGAGGAUGGUUCUAUUUUAGUUCGACUUUUGUGGUGGCAUCAGGUCCUAUUCA